UGCUUUGAAAAAUGGACAUUGUGCAUAUCUCCUCUCUCUGCUGGACUGGUUUCCUUGGCAACAAUUCAUGUCAUAGCAACCCAACAGACUGUCGCCACAGCUACACAAAAGAUCCUGACAUCACUGGCUUCGGAGGUCAUGGCAAUGCUGGAAGAAUACAAAGUGGAUUCAUCUGAGGAAUAUGAGCCUGCAGUGAAUAGAAACUUGUUGUCAAGCAUGGGGUAUGAGACACAUGCAUUUGUACAGUUGGCACGUUCCUUUUCCAAAAAUACAGCAGCACUGAAGACAUGGCUCAUAACCAUACAGAAACACAUCUCAAGGAUGAAGACUGUAUCUCCAUGUUUGACUAAUCUACUAGUUUCUGUAUUGCUGAAAUUGCCAGACACAGAAAUCAGUGUACUAGUUAUUGACAGGCUGUCUGAUGUGGUGAAAUGUGACCCUGCUCAGGGCCUGUACCUGCUGCCUGUUUACCUGUAUGUAGCAGGAAAAAGUAAUUGCCCAGCUGUGAGGUUACACACACUGAAUGCCUUACCAAAACUGGCUACUCAUAAGUUUAAUGUAGCACCAGUCUUGAAAACCAUCUUGAAUUUGGCACAGUCUCCAAAGCUAAAGAGUUUAUCAAUAAAACUUCUGACAGAGUUGUGGGCCUUGCAGGACAGAUGCUUUCCACAUUUGCUGAAGGCCAUUACAGGGAAAGAAAAAGGAUCUGUCCCCAUGGCAACAGUGACUGAUGAUGUCAUAUUAGCAAAAGCCUCAGCAAUCAAAGAGAUAUGCAAACUAAGGCCAGAACAGCAUGGAGCCGAGAUGCUAGGACCCCUAUCGGAGAUUCUCAAUUUGAGUACUGAUGUUCGAAGUGCUCCAGCAGCAGCUCUUUGUCUUGAAGCACUCUACUAUGUCUGUGAAGCAGAGAUGAUAGAUAUCAUGUCUGCUUGGAGAGUACUGGAGGCUCAGCUGAUAACUGACAAAAGAGUUGUUGUCAUAGUGAAGGUGUGUGAACUUCUUUCUCUGGUACCCAGCCUUCAAGUCAAAAGUGAUGAGUAUGAGGUGUUUCUAUUAGAAAGUAUGCGUAGAUUAUGGCUGUAUACUCAGAGUAACAAUGAGAUGGUGAUAUCAGCUGCAUACAAAGCUCUGUCUAAAUACAACCACAAAUACUUCAAAAUAUCUCAUUUCCAGUACCAGAUUGUGAAAGAGUAUGUAGAUCAGGCAGAGGCAAUCCUGGCACAGAAUGAGAACGAAGAAGACACCAUAGAUUCUGUGAUGCCAUUUGUACCUGGCCUCUGCUACACUAGGCUGCUGUCACAAUUGAAUGAUUCAACUUUAACAGGGUUUCAAGAUUUUUUGUCUGCUAUGGUGGCACAGGAAGCUGACAAUCUUCCCAGAGGUAUAUACUUCACAUCACUACGACAACGAGGAGCUGUAACCAGUCAGGGCAAAGAAAUGGCUAAGAUUCCUAGUUUUGUCCAAUCACAGUAUGAGAAAACUAAACAACCGGGUUUGAGGCCAAAUCUGGCAGUGGCAUUACUGUUUAGCUAUGACCCUCAAGUAGAGGUGGGGCGUGAUGGGAGACCAAGAAAACACUAUGUUAUAUCACAUGGCAAGAAUUACCAGCAGACGUUCAAUACGUUGCUGCAAGAUGUACCUGUACAGCCGUCAGAAUGGUACCGCACCUCGCGUAUGGGGAAGGCUUGGAUGGCAUUUGUAGACAGACUGUUUGCAGCAAUGUUACAGGCAAGAAAGGCAGAGAUAGACUUACAGUUGAACAGAGAUUUCAUUGAUGAGAAUGAAGCUGAGGAAAAGAAAGCCUCUGCUUGGCUGUGGGUGAGAGAUAGUAUUGUUGAGGUCGUAAAGAAGUCAACAAGGAGCAAUCCAUCGGUCCAGUUUAAUGCAGUUCUAGCUCUGUCAGGACUUGCACAUAGCGUCCAUAGGUACAUGGCCAGUUUGGAUGCAGAUGAAAAGAAAAGUUUGGAUGAGGUCUUGGAACACACGAGCCAUUCUCAUUGGCUGAUAAUGAUGAUUGACAGCUGCAUGUCUUUGAUUGAUUUUACCUACACACCUAAGUCAGCAUUGUUUGGAUUGUGUCAACAGCGUUCUGUGGACGACAGACUUCCAGCAAGUAUAUUAGCCCAGGCUGCAGCCAUAUUAGCACUGUGCCAGAUAACAUCUUUGAUUGUAAACAGUUAUGUUGAACUUGUCUAUCAACUUCUGGACUUAUUGAUACAGUGGUUACCGAGGCAACAGACUGAUGAAGAAUGUCCACCUGUCUUGUAUUUCUUCCGUAGUUACAGUCUUGGAGUUAUGCUUGAACAGCUUAUUACAUCAAACUUUACAGAAAUUGCAGGUUCCAAAGGUAGUUUAGCAGUAUGGAAAGCCUUGGACAGUUUAGAAGAGAGUUGCCUGUCCCAGAAUCAACACAGGACUGGAUCAUUUUUAGGCUUGUCUGUCUGUUUGGGAGCACUUUGCCGUGAUGGCAAAACAGAGUCCAGAGUGCACAUGUCUGCUGUUCAUACAAAACUGCAAGAUGCUGUCAAAGUAACACAGGUGGAUGAUUCUAAUUUGCAGGUCCUUUGUACAUGUAUAGGUUUAGUGUGUGCAAUGGGAUAUAUGUCUAACAUCCUUGACAAGAAUUUCAUUGAUGAAACUGUUGCCAUGAUGCAGGGGCUCCAAGAAAACAAUGCACAGAGUGCAGGAGUGUGUAUAGCCCUGGGAUGUGUCUGUUAUGCUGCAGAGACAGGAGGCCAUCCUGCCAUUGGCCAGUUAAAGCAAAAACUGAUAUUUGAUUGGACGAAAUCCAUAAAUGGUGCUGAAUGUUCAGAGUUAGAGAGAGUAGCCUCCCUGUAUGGCUUGAUGUCAGUAAUGGGAUAUAAUGGAUUACAUGUAAAUGAUGAAGUAAAAUCAUCACCUGCUUCAGCUGUUGGUGUAGAUUCCUUUAUAAAGUCUUUAAGAGAUCUUGUGAGUUCUUGUGACCUUGUUGGUAUCCAGGCAACAGCUAGCUGGUUGCUAGGCAACAUGUACAUGGCAGCUUCAAGCACCAACUACAGUUCAUCAGCUGCACCAGGCACAUAUAGUUAUCUACAAGAAAGUAGUGUACUUAGAGCAGUGGUUGACUUUCUUAUUCUGGCUGGUAGACAAGGUCCUGAAUUCAUACCAAGUGAGCAAGUGAGAGUAUGCCUGAUCAGCCUACAAAGGGAAGUAACUGCAACUUUACCACCACUCAGUUGGAUGGGAAUUUUUUCCCCCUUAAUGAAAUUGCCAUUUGAUGAAGAUGUAAAGUUGUGUUGUAUCCAGCUAGCUGUCAAGUUGAGCAGUUCAGCGUCAUCUGCAGCGCUAUUUUUAGCAGCAUGGAUUGUACCCCCACUCUUCAACACCCUUCCUAUGAGGUGUCAGUGUCUGCUGCUGUCUUCUGCCAGUCAUUAUGUGAAAACAGUCACCCCUGGUGUCCUCAAGACGUUCCUUGAUAAAUGUUGUAGACCGGUUUUCUCAAAAUCAUCUGCCUUGACUGGAAGCUCUGAAGGGAAAGUGCUCAAGUUAGCUGUUUUAAAGGGACUGUACUCUGCACUUUCUGUCCAUGAUCCACCAGAAUCAGUGUCAGCAUUACUUUUUGACAUGAUGGAAUUUGUUUACAAAGAAACUAGCGAAGAAACUGAUGUUGAUGUGUUGAUAAAUCUGGCUGAGUGUUUAAGACAUAUACCAGAUACCAUGCUGGACAAGUUGACCACUGACGACUGUAAGGACAGGCAUUCUGUCAUCAGAGGGACGUUCAUUCGUAGUUUUCUUGUCGGUAAUGGAGACCAGCCUGUCACACUACUGAAUAGCUGUAUAGAUGCUGCUUUCAAUAUAGAAUGUGAAAGAAACACAGUGUUGUGGUACUUGAUACACGGUUUCCAUCGUAUGAUGUCUUUAGAGGGAACCAAGUCAUCAGUGAUACAGUGUGUACAAUGGCUGCACGAAAUUGCUGGCCACUGUCGCAACAUCGCCACAGGAACCUUCAAACCAGCAGCCGCAAAUGCUGAUAUCGGCAAGAUUACAGGAUUCACUGUCAGUGUUAUAGCUGCUGCAGUAUGUUUGUGGACGGCCAAGUCAUCUACUGCUUCCCUCAUUGGUGUGAACUUUGAUCUUUUCACUGUUCCGUCAUCUGGUUGUAAGGAGAUUUCUGAUUGGAUGGACACCCAUCUUGUGGAACAUAAGCAAGAAAUUGAUUGGUUUACUGGUGUUGGACCACUAGAAUGUUUACCAAUUUGCAUACAGAAACUUACGUCUGAGCCUUGGAUUCAGAUUUUGCAGAAGAUACUUGAAUGGCAUACUGCAUUGUUGGAAACAGCAGAUGAGAUCACAGUCAAAGACAUUAAGAGAAAACUUAUAGAGAGCCUCUGCUGUUUACGACAUAGUACGGAGUAUAAAAAGUUGGCAGUGUGGACAAAGACAGUGAUGUUAACAGUCUGAGAGCAUGGAGUAGGAGUUUCAGCAGUUGGGCAACAAAGGGAAUGUUUGAUGUUUAGGCCCUGUUAAUUUUAAUUCUAUACCUGCAUUAUUAAACAAAAUGAACUUUAUUAUCCUCCACCAAAUGGAGAUUGACAUAGCUUUGGUGUUGUUCAUCCUGUUCAUCUCGAGUCAUACCUAAAGCAGUGGUUUGGAGUAUUUAAGUUAAACAUGGUAGAAAUAUUAAUUCUUGCAUAAAAACUACUUUUUUCACUGGAUCCACUUGUAUAUUUAUAGGAGAAAAAUUGUGUAUUUACAAGGCGAUUCACAUGCUGUUGAUACAAGAUUUUUAUUUUUGAAAUGCUUUGCCAGGGACGGACAUUUAUUCCUGUGCAGAUGGACAACUGGUAUCUGCGUCUAUUUUCUUCCAUAAUUACCUCUUUGUAGCAUAAAAGAUGCAGUCUAAUCUAUAGUAUGUUUUGCUGUAUUAGUUACCAACCAAAAUCUCCCCUGCAGAUCAAGCAAUACUUCCUGGCUUCUCCCUCAGUUGACUCCCUUUUGAAUUCAGCAUUUGUUAGAAGUUUUGUCAAUAACAGUGAAUGUUUUGAAUCAUGUGUAACUUGUACGAUUGUUUGUUUUAGGAAUCAUAUUAAUGAUUUUUGGAAGUAUUAGUCCGUGUGUUUUUAUCUAAUUUCUUGCAGAAUUCAUAUAAAUCUUGAAAGCUUGUCAAUACAUUCGUACUCAUCCAUACUGGAAAUGUGUUUGUCAAAAUAACUUGAAUGUAAAGUUAUUAUUCUUGAAAAUGUGUUCCUGUUAACCAACUUUUGAAGUACAGUCAAACCUGUCUAUAAAGACCACCCUCGUAGAGCAAAAAUGUGGUCUUUAUUGGGAGGUGGUCUUUAUUCCCAGGUUAAAAUGCACUAUUAACCCUUACCAUGCUAAAUUUCUAUAAUGAACUUGUCUAUCUUUCAAUUUGGACAGUACCAUAAACUGUAAAAAGGGGUGCUUACCAAAAAAGAUACUGACUGAAUGGUGAACAGUGCAGAUUUUGAUCAGACUGCACAAAUGUGCAGGCUGAUCAUUAUCUACCCUGGUCACAAAGACAGAAUCAAUUGUGUCCAGCAUGAUAAAGGUUAAUGUUAAAAUGGGAAACAAAACAUGUGGUCUUUCGAGCCAGGUGGUCUCUGUUCAGAGGUGGUCUUUAACACAGGUUUGACUGUACAUUUAAUAUGCAAAAUUAUAGGUAAUGUCAUGUUUGUAAUAGUGAGAAAUAAAAGAAUCGUUUAAAAACCUUCAAUAUAUAUUCUCGGUAGUUUUGUUGAUUUGUCGACCCCAGUUAUGAAAAUAUGUUUACCAUUUUCAAGAACAACAGAAUGGUAAUUAAAUAUUAUACCAGAAUCACAAAGUCAUCACAUGUGAAAACAAUAAAUUUUGUCUUUGUGUCA